UGGGAGGAGAAUCAUUUACAAUGUGAGGAGCGUCUUUACACGCCGCGUUUCCACUAUAACGAAGUUGGACUGAGGAAGAGGCAGCUUUAUCCGGAUAGUUUGUAUCUCCUUCUACAGCCUGUGAUGGAGGUUUUACUGGACACCCGCAGACAGAGAAAACUCCUCAUCCUGUACCUAUUUAUUGGUAAUGUUGCAGCUCAAUGUUCUAAACCAGACGCAGGAGAGAACAUGGUUCUCACCGAAGAAUCUCUCCUAAAAAAUGAUUUCCCAGAGGGUUCCGAGGUCACAUUAGAGUGCAGCAAUGGAUAUGAAAAAGAAAGUGGCUCUGGGAUAAUGAACUGCAUUGAUAAUAAGUGGACUGAGCCAGAUCUCAACUGCAAGAAGAAAGACUGUGGUUUCCCUAAAGCAGAGCCACACAUGGAAUUUAAUACCAGCCAGGGUACUCUGUUUGGUUCAGUGGUUAAAGUAACCUGUGAAGAAGGUUACCGGAUCAGUGGAUCAAGCUACAAACACUGCCUCCCAAAAGGGUGGUUUGGAAGGGCAUCAUGUAACAUUGUUACUUGCUCCAAACCAACUGAAGUGGAAAAUGGCGAACAUUCUUGGAGUAGUGACAAUAAACCAGAAUAUCAACAAACUAUACAUUUCACAUGUAAACCAGGAUACACCAUGCUUGGGAAUCAAAGUAUUCAGUGUACCAAAAAUGGCAAAUAUGAUUCUGAGCCUCCACAAUGCAUUGGUUUGACCACAGAAGGCAAAAUUACAACAAACAUUAUUACAACUGCUCCCACAACAACAGAACAAGAAACAUCCACUGGUAAUGGUUUGACUGCCACACCAACUUUUCACAAAGCCACAACUGUCACAGCUAGACCAUCCACAAAUAUCUCAACACUGAAACAAGAUUACAGAAAAAGACCAUCUGAGGAAAAUAAUACUACACCCAGUACUUCAAAAAAAGAACAGAAUAUAGAGACUUUAAAUAUAAACAAAGAUAAAGGAUAUACAGCUGUUAUAAUCAGUGUGGUGGUUGUUACGAUAGUACUCUGCCUAGUUGCAUUCUUUUUAAACAAGUUUCUUAUGAGAAAAAAAGGCUCAUAUGACACUGGAGAAGACCUGAAGCCGGAGUUAUUACAGUUCCAAAAUCUUUAAGUGUUCUUCUUCAUUCAGAACUGUUGGAAAUGAACCCAUCUGUUAGGACAUCUACUGCAGGUGAAAGACUGCCAAAUUCUGAGUGCCUUAUCAACAAGCAUUGGACAAAACAAGUGGCUUUCAUUUAUAGUUUUAUUUUUGCACUUUUAAUAGAAGACCAAACCUAUUGUAAUACUAUUGUAUUGUGUCACAGCUUAAUAUUUAGAAGCACUUUUUUAUAGUCAUUUUUAUAAUUAGUCUAAGUAAGUUGUAAAUAUUGUAUUUCACUUAAUAUUUUUGUAUGUCCUAUUUAUGUUAUAAACCAUUUUUCUACAUGUUAUAAAUUAUUUCAGUAAUUUAAAGAACACACAGUUUAAAGUUCCUGAGAAAGCUUUAUCCUUUGAGCUUCCAGGUUUUCCUGUUGUAUUCCAUUUUAUCACAACAGAGACAUAAUACAAGUUGUUCAGGAAGGACACAAUGGGGUUAAUUCAGUUUAUAGUCUGCAUUGGAGGCUGGUGUAGAUGCUAUCUGUUAUUCGCCUCCUGACUUGACUUUCUUUUCAUAAUUGUUUAUUGUUCUGGGGUGGUUUUAUCUACCCUGCAGAACAACAGAAAUCCUUUUCAUUGAGAAAGAUUCCAAAACAGCUCUACAAUGUAACAUUUUCAGAUAAAAAGGGGAAAAAAAUCAUGCUUUUUAACAAUAAAGCAAUGUAUAUAAAAUGUACUUUUGUGUGAAUACAUAAAGGAGGAAAUAUAAAUCAAAAACUAAAGUUCUUUUAUAAGCUCA